UCUGUAGCCGUCUGACCUUCCACAGGGGAGAAGAAGAAAAAGAAGAAAGAGGAAGAAGAGGAAAUUCGCGGGUCCACCGCGCCCUGUGUCCGCAGCCGUCCCGGCCCGUGGAGCUUCUGCCCCGCAGGAUCCCACAGGAUUUCUCAUUCCUAAGGCUUGGCUGAAUGGAGGACGAGGCUGCAGUGAAGAGGGAGAUGCCCUGGGAUUCUGAGGCAGGCAAUGAGCUGCAGACAGAGAUCAAGGAGGAGAAAUCCGCCUGGCAGAACGCUGUGGCAGAGGCCAUUUUGAGUGGCUCCAUGGCACAGGAAUCCAAUGGGGAGGAAAAGCCCCAGAGAUCCCUCACAAGGAGGGACUGCAAACCUAGCCCAAUGUGCACCAAGGAGGAAAGAUCUCUCCUGUCCUGGGAAGAUGGCCAGAGCUUCAGCCAGAGCUCAGAGCAGGUGGAGAAGCCUCACGUCGGGGAGAAGCCCUACAAAUGCUUGGAAUGUGGGAAGAGCUUCAGCCGAAGCUUCCACCUCCUCCGCCACCAGAUGAUCCACACAGGGGAACGCCCAUAUGAGUGCUUGGAAUGUGGGAAGAGCUUCAGCCGGAGCUCCUGUCUGAUCCGCCAUCAGGUAAUUCACACGGGGGAACGGCCCUACAUGUGCAAGGAAUGUGGGAAAAGCUUCAGUGACCGCUCCAACCUCCUCACCCACCAACGUCUGCAUGCCAGGGAGCGGCCCUACCAGUGUGGGAAGUGUGGGAAGAGUUUCAGCAUCAGCUCCGACCUAAUCCAGCACCAGAAGAUCCACAGUGGAGAACGACCCUACGAGUGUCCUGAGUGUGCAAAGAGAUUUCGGACCAGCUCCCAUCUCCUCCUGCAUCAGCGCAUUCACACAGAUGAGAGGCCCUUCCGCUGCUGCCACUGUGGGAAGGGCUUCAAACGCAACUCCCACCUUGUCAGCCAUGUGCGUGUCCACACUGGGGAGAGGCCCUAUGAGUGUCCUGAGUGUGGGAAGAGCUUCUCACACAGCUCUGCCUUGACUUCACACCAACAGACCCAUGACUAGGGGAAGUCCUACAAGUGCCCUGACUUCAUGAAAAGUUUUGUUUCCUGCUCCAACUUCAUCACCCACUGAAGGACCCGUGUUACAUUAUCCACAGUGACCCAUAUUAUGCAAAAACAUGGUGAUCCACAUUCCUGGUGAUCCAUGUUGGGUGAAGACCUGGUGACCUAGUUCCACAUCAUCUGCAUUGGGAAGACACCUGGCUGGUGGUGUUCACCUGCUCCUGGUUCCCUGAAGGCACCUGGAUGAACAUAGGGGAAAUAAUGUCCAUCAGGAUGUGGACUGACAUUGGAAAUUGGAGUACUGAGGCACUGCACCAAAGUUGAUCUCUAGAUGAAGCUUCCAAACAAACAUUAUAUGAUACUUGUAUCUGCUAAUUAGUGAAAUAUCAAUGAUCAUUAGUGAAAUAUAUGAUGUGAUACAAAAUUAUUUAUCCUUCCUUGUACAUUGCCAAUGCCAACUCCCUUGGUUCCUUCUUGAGCCCUGACCAGGCUUUGGGUGGAACCCAGAUGUUGUGGGUUGAUGUUGGCCGGAUGCCACACAUCCACGAAUGCCACUUACUCACUCGGACAGGGGAGAGAAAAUGUGUCACAAAGAGUUCAUGGGUUGAGAUAAGAACUGGGAGAGAAAUCCCUCACCAAACACCCUCACAGGCAAAACAAGCUCAGCUUUGAGAUAUGAAAUGAAGUAACAAAAUCAGAGUAGGAUAAUGAAUAAAUUAAGCCCUUAAAACCACCUUCCCCCAACCCUCCCUCCUUCCCAUCUCUAUCCCAGCAGCAUGUCCUGCCAGGGAUAGACUGGGGGGAUAUCCUUCCCCUUCCCUCUGGCACGGAGGCAAAUUCCAUCCCAUCCUCCUUUCCUUCCUCUUCCUCUUCCUCUUCCUCUUCCUCUUCCUCUUCCUUUCCACUGACAGAGACAAAUCACUGCAUCAGAGCCUUGUGAAAGAGUUGAUUCCACAGCACAGGAAUCCAGUGUGGAGGAAAAGCCCCAGAGAUAUCCCACAAGGGAAGGCUCCAAAUGCAGCUCCCCAAAGCUUCAUCCAGAGCUCUGACCUGGUGGUUCUUGAGUGGUUUCACAUUGGGAAGAUGUGCUACAGGUGUUCAGAAUGUGAGCUUCAGAUGUGGCUGCUACCUGAUAUAUCACCAGAAGAUCCACACGGAGGAACAGCCCUAGAAGUACUUGGAAUGUGGGAAGAGCUUCUGCCAGAGCUCCUGUCUGAUCUACCAUCAGAUAAUUCACACAGGAGAAUGGCCCUACAGGUGUAGGGAAUGUGUGAAGAGCUUCAGUAACCACUCCAACCUCAUCAACCAGCAGCACCUGCACUCCAGGAAAUGGCCGUACCAGUGUGGGGGUGCAGGAAGAGCUUCAGCCAGAGCUCCCACCUGAUUUGCCACCAGAAUAUCCAUGCUGGGGGAUGGCCCUAAGAGUGUCCUGACUGUGGGAAAAGCUUCACUCAGAGCUCUGCCUUGACCUUACACAGAUGGAUUCACUGGCAAGGGAACCUCUGUGAGUGCCCCAAGUGUGGGAAGAGCUUCAUCUGCUGCUCCAACUCCAUUACCCAUUGGAGGAUGAGCGUUGGAUGAUCCCCAGUGAACCCCAUAGGGCAGAGACCUGGUGACCCAUGUUCCUGAUGAUCCAUGUUGGGCAGUGUAUGGGGUUUGUGUGAUCAGGUUUAGGAAGCGGGGGUGCUCCAGGGGUGUCUUCUGUGAGCAGCUUCCAGAAGCUUCUCCUAUGUCCAGCUUCUGUUCUGCCCCAUCCCUGAAGAUGAGGGUAAGCCAGGUUCUGGUUCAUGGAUCCCUUGGAACAGGGGAGUUUAGAGUAAAAAGGCAGUGAUUAAUCUGUGUUUAUAAGUAUAUCUCUGUUGGGUUUAUUUUAGAACCAUUUGGUUGCUGUGUAAGGGGAUUUGGAGACCUUUUUGGUUACCAUCUCCAGUAAUAUUAAAAGCAUUAAAGUAACACUAGAGAAAUUGUGUAAGGGAAAAGAAAGUAUGAGAGUAGAAAGAUACACGGUCGCCAGCCCUGGAUCCAGCAAUAAAAGUUUUGGUAUUGAUUGCUACAAUGUCCCUGGUCCAAGUGGUGGUCCCAGGCUGGAUCCCUUGAGGG